AUGACGAUCGCUUUUGAGACCGACGACCAGACCUCGGUGCCCUGCAUCUCGCUGCACGACUUUGAGCAGCGUCGAGCCGAGAUUAUCGACGAGCUUAUGGAUGCAAGCACCCGCAUCGGCUUCUUCACGCUCUGCAACCAUGGAAUUCCGGCGGAGCAGAUUCGGGACGCUUUCGCACUCUCGCAGGAGUUCUUCGCUCUUCCAGACGACGUGAAAGCUAAGACGCCGCUCAAUGGCAAAAACAUGGGCUGGGAGAAGGGAGCUCAGAUCCGACCUUCCACCGGCACUGCUGAUCAAAAGGAGUCGAUGCAGCUGCAGUUUGCUCGUAUGGAGGGCAUCUGGCCAUCUGACGAGGACCUUGCUGGCUUCCGCAAGCGAGCUGAAGCCUUCAUGGCUGCAGUCCAACAGCUCAGCGUCAAGGUCAUGGAAUGCUUUGCCGAAGGCCUUGGUCUGCCGCUUUCGACAUUCACAGAGGGUACAGUUGAUCCGGGUGUCGGUGACUCUCAGUCGACUCUCCGUCUGCUGCACUACCACAGCGUGGAAGGCAAAGAGUUCGGCGACAAGUUCUGGCGAGCAGGCAGCCAUGCCGACUUUGACGUGCUCACCAUGCUUUUUCAACGCGACGGAGAGGGUGGCCUGGAGGUUUGCCCGGGCCGAGAGGUAGUAGGCGAUUUCGGCCACGGCAACGUCUGGAAGAAUGUCGAAGCGAGGAGCGACAGGAUCGUAUGCAAUAUCGGAGACCAGCUGAUGAGAUGGUCUGACGACCGGCUCAAGUCCACAUUUCACAGGGUCAGGCUACCAAAGCAAGGCGAACCAAGGGGCCCGCGAUACUCGAUCGCCUUCUUCAACCAGGCACGCAGCGACAUUGUGAUUCAAGGGCCUGGCAAGAAAUACCCGCCUAUCACGGGCGCCGAGUUCAUCAAACAGGCCCUGGAAAGGAACAAACUUGGCAUCGCCGCAGGCAGCUUGCCUACUGCCCCAUCAAAAAAGGGGGAGUUGGCCGCAGCCUCUGCUUCCGCUUCCGUGGCCGUCAACUGA